AUGGUUAAAAAGAUUCGAGAAGAAAUACCACAGGGAUCGCGGCAACUUGGAUUGGGCUCAACAGACAGUUGCCGAGCCAGGUCCCGUCGCUUCUCCAUCGGCCCUGAACAAGAACGGAGUCUUCCUAAGCUACGAAGCUCAAGGGCAGGCUUCGCCACACGGUCGACCCUUCAACCUGUGUUCAGUAGUAACUCGCCCUCCAGUACAUCCACAACGUCGCUAGCGCAGCUUCGCGAGAAAUUAACCUUAUUUACUCCAGUAAAUUUCACCAAAGUACCCGCAAGAAUCGCCGCCACCCCCGAGCUACCUAUACUCAUAGAAAAAGAAUACGAAAAAUUAAGCAGCGGUGAACCAAAACGCUACUGCGGAAUAAAUACCAGAGAUCUUCAGCCUAUUACACAAGAAAGCGACAUCGUUGAAAACACACCAUUUGCAGAAACAGCGCAUCGUGCAAAGUUGGGCUUAAAACGCAAACCUAAAGAAAUUGAAGGGAUCGGAUAUACCACCGAUGACUCUGACGUCGUCGAUGAUACCCCUUGUUAUGACUACGAUUGGAGAAAAAGAUGUCGAAAUAAAAGUGACAAAACAAAUAAAAAAAAUUAUGAUGGAAAUGAAACUAUAAAUGAGAAAGCAGUUGACACACACUUUUGCCAGCAACAGCAAAACAUAAUUCAAUUAAUAAGUCCUGCUACAAUUAAGAGAAUCAGUGAAAGUCUUUCUCGAGACGAAGAUAGCGAAGAUGAUUGCUAUAUAAUUGAUGACAUAGAAAUAGUUACGGAAAAAGAAAAUGAACUGAAUUUGGAUAUUGAUACACAUGUUGAUCUACUGGUAGAACAGCAGCAACAAAUUGAUAUUUCGAGAGCUGUACAGAAUAUUGAUAAGACAAAUAAUACGUCUAAAAUACUGAAAAUGAAUAACAACACAUUAAAAUCACCCAAAGACAUAGCAAACGAAGUCGAUACUCCAGAAAAGAGCACUUAUCGGCAUGCCACAAAACAAGUAAUUCAAAAAAAGCGCAAGCUUUAUUCACCCAAGGACGACGAUAAUGAAAACAAUGAAAUCCCUAGAUUCAGAAAAGAACGAAGACCAUCAAGUUCCACUGAAUCUCCAAUAGCGGCUUGCUACAAAGAAUUGGAGAACGCCCGCAAAUCUCGCAUAAGACUCCCUAGGAGGAGAGCCAGUACACAACCUGUAAUUUCGCCUAAAACCAGGAAGUUGAACGAUAUAUUCGAUAAUAUCAAAGAUAAUGUUGUUGAUAAUGAGAAAAUAACGCUCGUCAAUAAGAAAAGUGACAAAGAUCUGUCGCUUUAUAAUGUGUCGAGUGAAAGCGAUGAUGAAUUAUUUCAGAAGAAAAAUUUCAAAGGCCAAAAAUGUAUUAGUUUGUCCAGUCUAGAGCCCAUAACUAAACGUAGGAGAUCGGUGAAGCCCGUAGAUUAUACUUCGUACUAUUCAUCAGAAGAUGAGUGCCAGAGGGUCGUAAAAAAAGCGGGUAAACAAACGAAACCCAGAAGCCGUAAAGCUAAAAAAAUACAGAGCACUGACUUGAUUGACGAACGAAUGAGAAAUGAUCAACCUGAAGUGUUAGAAACUUCCUUCGUCCAAGAAAAGGGCAAUAAGAAUGUACCCGAAGAACCUCAACCUUCGGUAAAUGUACCUGUUUUAGAAACCAUGCCUGAUAUAUAUGAUGAGCCCAUAGUGUCGAAAGGUAAACCACAAACACCUAAUAAACAAGAAAUAAUCAAAAUAAAGACUGAGAAGAGCUCGAAAAAGAGAUGCGUGAAACUCACAAAGCCAACUAUAACCAAGAGGAGCAAGGAAAUAAUUAAAAAUGUACCAACGGAAAGAGAAAGUGCAACGGUAAGCCCUCUACCUGGACUUGUGGUAGAAACAGUACCACCAAAAGAUGAAAACACUUCCUUAGACGCCAAUUUGCUUCAGAAACUCAAAAAGAUAUACACAGACGUGGACAGCUUGAAUACGACCCGUGGCACGCAACUGUCAGUCGCUGCUUACAAGCUACAAGCUGGGGACAUAUCAGAUGUAAAUUCGGAGAAUUCAAUAGAAACAGGCAGUCGAUUUUCCAUUAUUGGCCAUAACGACCUUGAUGAAUCUCCACCAAAUUUGGACGCACUGAACGAGAGUUUCCAGUCUUCUGAAGAGACAGAAAAAAUAGUAAUUCCCACCCAAUCAAGCACCAAUGAAUCAAAACCUGUAAUCGUUCUAAAGAGGAUUACGUCUGAUGAAAUUAACAAGUGGCUUCCUAUGCCAGAAACGAAAGAUGUUAUCGAAAAAGAACCAGAGAUAGUCCCUAGAAAAACCCUAGCAAGACGAAAAUCUGUAUUAAAACCUUGUAUUUCAUGCGAAAGCAUUCCCCCAGUGAAAUUAAAUUUCGAUACCGUAGAUCUUACAAACAAAACUAGUAUUAGAGACACCAGAACUAACAUGACACUCAGAAGCAGAACUCGAUCUUCAUCAAAUAUAGAAAAAUUAAGAACAGAAGGUGUCGAGUCUUUGGCAGAGGAAGUAAAUGACCAAGGUAUAAGCAGUCAAGAAAGUGUGGGCAAAUCAGCUCAGACAAAAAAUUUAUCUAAUGAUAGGACUGUUGGGUCUACUGUGGAUCCGUCAGAAAUGGGUAGUAGUGUGGCUAGCGUCCAGAGCUGGCUAGAGAAGAAUGCAGAGGCGGGGUCAUCGAAGAAAGGGGAAACAUCAAUAAAGAUAGAAAUGCUGUACAAAGUGGUGAUGAAGGUUUUGAACACCUUGGUGGAAAUCAAUGAAAAAAAUAAUGAAGCGAUGCAAGCGGCCUUCGUAAAUGAUCUAGAAGAGCUGAAAUGUUUGAAUGAAAGCCAUAAAAAGCAAAUCACCGCAUACAUGAAGAACAAAAUGGAUCGUGAUUGCUCCAUCAUACGUGCGGACGCUGAGAAAAAGGCACGAAUGGUGUUACUUCUUAAGGAGGAUAUCGAGCGAAUUUUAAAACAUUAAAUAUUAGAGUUUGUGCUAGUGGCGCCCCCUACGCAGUUAUGCAUAAUAUUCCCUAUUCGAACACUAGGUUCUUUCAUCAUAUCUGUCAAUGGGACAUACCAUCGGGAGCGUCAUCUAUGUUAAGCUGCAGAAAUAACUGACCCCCCUGCAAAUAAGUUUAAGUUUAGGGGGGUCAGUUAUCUCUGUUUACUGUUCUUACUCAUAAAACACGCAAAGCGUUUUAUUAAAAAAAUAUUAUUGAUAUGUAUUUCAGUUUUACGUA